AUUUUUGUUCUUAGGUAUAUUGACUGAAGUUUAAUGAAAAGCAUUGUGACCAGCUAGGAGAAUUUGCUGCAAGGAAUGGAAUUAGCUCACAGCUUAUUGCUGAAUGAAGAAACAUGCAGCCAACUAGGUGAAGUUCAGAAGGCAGAAUUUAUUUUUGAGUGGUUGAGAUAUUUGGAGAAGCUCUUGCUAGCAACCAGCAGGAGUGAUGUAAGAGAGAAACAGAAGACUCUUGUUGAACAGCUCCUGUCUUUGUUGAACAGCUCCCCAGGGCCUCCUACCCGCAAACUCCUUUCUAAGAGUCUAGCAAUACUUUAUAGUAUUGGAGACACAUUCUCUGUUUAUGAGACAAUCGAUAAAUGUAAUGAUCUUAUUCGAAGCAAAGAUGAUUCUCCAAGUUAUCUUCCCACUAAACUUGCUGCUGUGGUAUGUUUGGGUUCCUUGUACAAGAAGUUGGGUAGAAUACUGGGUAACACCUUUACUGAUACGGUGGGGAAUAUUCUUAAAGCUAUGAAGAGUGCUGAGUCUCAAGGGCGAUAUGAGAUUAUGCUGAGUCUACAAAACAUACUAAAUGGACUAGGAGCUACUGCUGCACCUUGCCACAGAGAUGUUUAUAAAGCUGCUAGAUCCUGCUUAACAGAUAGAUCCAUGGCUGUUCGUUGUGCUGCUGCAAAGUGUCUGCUUGAACUUCAGAAGGAAGCCAUUUUUAUGUGGAGUACAGACCUGGACAGUGUGACAACGUUAUGUUUUAAGUCCUUUGAAGGUUCUAAUUAUGACGUGCGGAUUUCAGUUUCAAAGCUAUUGGGCACAGUAUUGGCUAAAGCUGUAAUUUCUAAACAUCCAGGAACAGCAGCUUCACGUCAAAGCAUUCGCAGAGUAUCUCUGGAGGAAGUUCUGGAAUUACUAGGAACAGGGUUUCUACGUGGGAGUUCAGGAUUUCUUCGAGCCAGUGGAGAUAUGCUGAAAGGAACCAGUUCAGUCAGUAGGGAUGUUCGAGUUGGAGUUACUCAGGCUUACGUGGUAUUUGUUUCAACACUAGGAGGAGGAUGGCUAGAGAAAAAUUUUGCUGCUUUUCUUUCUCAUAUCCUAAACCUUGUGUCACAGUCACACCCUAAAGCCACCCAAACUCAGAUUGAUGCUGUUUGCUGUCGUCGUUGUAUUUCAUUUAUUCUUCGGGCUACUAUAGGAAGCCUUCUUGGAGAAAAGGCUCAAAUUGCUGCUGUAAAAGACAUUUGCCAGGCCAUCUGGAAGCUAAAGAAAGUUAUGGAUGCUGUAAUAAGUGAUGGUAAUUUGGAAACCCGACUUAGUUCCACAGAUGUAGCAGCUAGCCAGCAUAUGCUUGUAUGUGCUCUGCAAGAACUUGGAAAUCUCAUACACAGUCUUGGUACCACAGCUGCACCUUUGCUACAGGACUCUAGUGCAGGCCUUCUUGACAGUGUCAUUUCAGUUAUUUCUCAUCCUAGCAUUUGUGUACGACUAGCGGCGGCUUGGUGUUUACACUGCAUUGCUGUGGCAUUACCUUCGUACUUAACACCUCUCUUAGAUCGUUGCCUUGAACGGCUUACUGUACUUAAGUCUUCACCUGACGCAGUGACUGGAUUUAGUUUUGCUGUGGCCGCUUUGUUGGGAGCAGUAAAACAUUGUCCUUUAGGAAUUCCUCAUGGAAAAGGCAAGAUUAUUAUGACAUUAGCAGAGGAUUUGCUGUGUUCUGCAGCUCAAAACAGUCGCCUUUCAGCUCAGCGCACACAAGCUGGAUGGUUGCUGAUUGCUGCUCUGAUGACAUUAGGUCCUGCUGUUGUCAGUCAUCACCUUGCUCGAGUUCUGCUGUUGUGGAAGUGUGUCUUUCCAGCAUCUCCUAAAGAUCUAGAAACAGAAAAGAGCCGAGGAGAUUCAUUUACAUGGCAGGUAACCCUGGAAGGACGAGCUGGUGCACUCUGUGCUGUCAAGAGCUUUGUUUUCCACUGUGGUGAUCUCCUUACUGAGGAAGUAAUUCAGCGUCUUCUUCCACCACUUCCUUGUGCUGUGGAUUUGCUAACUCAGCUUUCUUCAAUACUGAAAACAUAUGGAAGUCCUUUGAAAACACCAUCAGUAGUUUAUAGGCAAAGACUUUAUGAACUAUUAAUUUUAUUACCUCCUGAAGCCUAUGAAGGAAACCACUGUGCUAUCCUCAAAGAGCUGGCAGCUGACUUGACCGCCCCUGAUACCCAGGUGGCAGCAUCUACAUUUUUACUUCCACCCCUCUGUCAUCAGGAUGAUCUUCUGAUACUAAGUCCUUUGCUACAAGAGACUGACCAUAGAUUUAUAGAAGAACAGCUCCUGCUUGGUAAUGGUGUUGCUUGUGGAAGUCUUGAAUAUGAUCCUUAUUGUAUUUAUGAGAAAGAUGUAGACGGAGAUUCGGUGCCUAAGCCUCUACCUCCAACACUGUCAGUUAUUAGCUCUGCUGCCAAGCUCUUUGGGAUUGUAUGUGCUCAUGUGGGAGAGGCUCAAAGGCUUCUUAUAUUGGAACAGCUUUUGAACAGUAUAAAGCACACAAAAGGAGCUCGUCAGCAAGUAGUUCAGUUACAUGUUGUUUCUUCAGUUUCUAGUUUCUUAAAGUACGUGGCUGACUCCAAGGGAAGUUUGGGUGCAGAAGAAAUGAGAAGACUUGUCCUAACAUUAGUUAUGGGAGCUCUAGAAAGUCCCAUCCCCCUAUUGAGAUGUGCGGCUGCAGAGGCAUGGGCUAGAUUAGCCCAAGUAGUUGAUGAUGGAGCUUUUACUGCUGGAUUAGCUCAAGUUAGCUUUGACAAGUUGAAAUCAGCAAGGGAUGUGGUUACCAGAACAGGACACUCAUUGGCUUUGGGGUCCCUACAUAGGUAUUUAGGAGGAAUAAGUUCUUCUCAACACUUAAAUUCUUGUGUUGGGAUCCUUUAUACUUUGUCUCAGGACAGCACCUCUCCUGAUGUGCAAACCUGGGCAUUACAUUCUCUGUCCUUGAUAAUUGAUUCUGCUGGUCCACUUUAUUAUAUACAUGUAGAACCCACCCUUUCUCUUAUUAUAAUGUUGUUGUUAAAUGUACCUCCUACUCAUGCCGAAGUUCACCAAAGUCUUGGUCGCUGUUUGAAUGCACUUAUUACCACGUUAGGUCCAGAGUUACAAGGUAUGUAUAACUGCUUUUGUGAUGUUUUAUAUUAA